GGUCACUGGUGCAGGCCACAUGGUGCCCAUGGAUGUACCGGAUGUCGCCGCAGACAUGCUGCAUCGCUUCGUGAGCAAACUCGAGUUCAACGACAAAGUACAAACAGUUGAGACCACACGGUUGAACGCGACUGAUCUCGAGGUUUCCUUUUGUUAUUCGCCGUCAGUGGUAUCGGAUACAGACACCUCGUUGUCCACUCUCGACCAAAUUAGCGGAAACAACAGCCAAGUGCACAUCGGCAUCGCAUGGCUGUGGGUGGCGCUGGUCAUCGCUGCUGUCAGCAGCGUGUUGGCAGUGUGUGUUACCAUCGCUUGUCUCCGCAGUAGAAAGCAUGGACAGGAUCACGAAAUGAUCACUCAGGUCAGCGAUGAUGAAGACGUGAACCAGAUUGACGAAGACGAAGAAGAAUAUUCCGAUGAAGAUGAAGGAGUCGGAGAGCGGGUGCCAGUGAAUAGUGUGAGUCAGCGAGCUACCAGUCCACGUUCGCGAGUGACCGAGGUAUAGAUGGUGUUUUGUAGCGACUUCAGUUGUUUGAGUGUGAUUGUAAGACGCGCCAAUGAUUCAAAAUAUUG